UGAGUGGAAAACCCGCGUUACUCAUACAAAAACAAUUAUAGCUGUCGAAAAUAUUUAUUGGGCAUUAAAAUGCUAUAUUGAUAAAAAUUUUCAAAUCUUGUGCUAAGUUUGUGAUGGCUGAGUUCACUCAAGAACUGCAAAGUCUGAAGCAAUUUUCUUUCUCAUCAGAAACGAACACAAACUUGCAGCUAAUUAACAGCCGGAGGGCACUGAAGAAUCAUGACUCAUCUGAUAAUCAUGCCCAACUCAUGGCUCUCUCCAAUUCUAUCCUCUUUCAUACUCAGCCACCCCAGAUUUCGUUCAACUUCACAGGUAAUUUAGUACGUGAAAGCAAGAAUGACAAUACGAUGCCUAUAGCUGAGAGCCCUCUGGAUUUGUCUACAUCUCCAGGUUCUGUAACCGGAUCGAGUGGAAAUAAUAAGAGCUAUGUUGCACGAAAGAGAAAGAGAAACGGUGAGGAGGAUAUGCAGAAGCCCAAGGAAGUUGUUCAUGUGAGAGCGAAAAGAGGUCAAGCCACUGAUAGUCACAGUUUGGCGGAAAGGGUAAGAAGAGAGAAGAUUAACGAGAAGCUGAGAUGCUUACAGGACUUGGUUCCAGGAUGUUAUAAAGCAAUGGGAAUGGCAUUGAUGUUGGACGUAAUUAUCAGCUAUGUUCAAUCACUUCAGAAUCAAAUUGACUUCCUCUCCAUGAAGCUCUCAGCAGCUAGCAUGUACUAUGAUCUCAACUUCUCAGAGAUUGAAGUGAUGGAAACACUGCAGGGAACAAAAGCAAAUGCAUAUGAUCAGGUACAAGAGAUGGAAAGGAUGAUGAGGGAAGGGCAUGGAGGAUCUUCUUACUUUAACUCAGCAAGGCCUCUUUAAUUGAAAUCCUAGACCUUAGGCCUUGGGGAUAAAUUAGCUCUCUUCACGCUUAAUCAUUAUAAACUGCGUAUGAGCAAAAACUAUAUACUUUCGCACCUCAUAUCCAUGCUCAGUACUGUAGAAAAAAAAUACACAUUAAAAAUGAAAAAAAAUGAUCUGAUAUUUACAUAGUGUUGCAUCUUUUUUUCCUUCAAUAAUUAAUGUAUGAUUUCACAGCUUUGCUGGAUUAGUUUCUUCACAAUCAUUGAUAGAUCAAAGUGCGGAUGUUGAAGAUAUU